GGCAAAGGACACUGGUGCAGCUCCUGGCAUGAGCUAUGCCUUUUGUGGCUGAGAGCCAUGCCAACCAUCAGUGAGCAAAAGCGGCGGAAGCCGAAACCUCCAGAAGAGAAGUGGUGGGAAAAGGCGCCCACGCUUCCCGGUGCAAGCUGCACCCCUGCGCAACGGCGGUUGGCUGACAAGGAACGCUACACAGGCGUAUGCCGACUGCUUCAGGUCAGCAGCCUCUCGCGGAUCGGAGUGGAAGCUGGCGACUUUUGCACCAGUCCGCCUCUUCAUGCCACAAAGCUUCUAGCCAGCCGAAGCAGUAAAGAGCUCACUGCGCCCAAACGGGCGGCUGACUUCCGCGCGGAGACGGACUGGCGCCUGAAGCUGAGGCCGUUUUCGCCGCCUGUGAAGGAAGCGAGGCAUAUCUGGCUGCAGGUCCCGUGUCCGGCUCCAACUCGGCGCCCGGUGUGGCCUCUACCUGCCCCCUGGCGACCUGAGAGACACGUACGACAGGAUCUCAACGAUACCGACCCUAUGGACCAUCCUCGAGUGAGUCCAACCAAGCGCAGCAGGCGUUUCAGCGCACAGGCAUAUCUGGCUGCAGGUCCCGUGUCCGGCUCCAACUCGGCAGGACGCGUGGCGCCGGGUGUGGACCUGAUCUCCCCUCUACCUGCAAGUGCGGCUUCCGGUCAUUCGACCGCUGCCGAACCGCGAGGUGCCGCGCUGAGCCGAGGUCGGGGAUGGCAUGCAGGGCUUGUUUCACCAGGGGUCAAGUCUCGCGAUUUGAGCGGAGAGCGCCUGCGCGCUCGUUGGGCCAGGUUGAGUUGGGAGGCUCUUCGCGUUUCACUGAAGCGAGCCGGCGCGAGCUGA